AUGACGACCGCGGACGUGGAAGGCCGCGACCUGCAACGACAUCGCAAAAAUGAUGAUGUGGCCGAGUCGCUGCCGCAUCACGUGGCGGUGAUCAUGGACGGGAAUUCGCGGUGGGCGCGCGCGCGGGGCAUGCCAACGUCGGCCGGCCACGCGGCUUUGCAGCCGGCGCUGGAGGAGACGGUGCGGCUCUCAUGCGCCCGGGGAAUCCGCGUGCUCACUGCCUUCGCCUUCUCCCACCAGAACUGGGACCGUCCCAAGGAAGAGGUUGACUUCUGCAUGGCCGUGUACAACCGGUUCAUCCAGGACAAUGUCGCCCAGUUUUUAAGGGAAGGGAUUCGUCUACGGGUAAUCGGUGACUGCUCAAGGCUGCCGACUUAUCUGCAGAAAACUGCACAAAACGCCGAGGAGGAAACAAGUAGCAACUCACAGCUCGACCUGAUGCUAGCUAUCGGCUACAGUGGACGAACGGACAUCUUGCAAGCAUGCGGGAAGCUUGCCCGGAAGGUGCACAGCAAGCUACUCAGGCCGGAGGACAUCGACGAGUCACUAUUCGCCGAUGAGCUCCAGACGAGCUGGACAGACGAGUUCCCUUGCCCCGACCUACUCAUCAGGACCAGCGGCGAACUGAGGCUCAGCAACUUCUUGCUGUGGCAGUCGGCGUACUCGGAGCUCUUUUUCACUGACACGCUCUGGCCUGACUUCGGGGAGGCUGAAUAUCUCCAAGCACUCAUGUCUUUCCAGAGCAGAGACAGGCGUUUUGGAAAAAGAAAACUCUAG